GAAGACAACUCGAAAUCAUCAUGGCUGGAGCGGAUUCAGACCCUCAAAGUACAUCUUCUCACGGGAAUCGCUCCCCAUCCCCUGCUGAGGAUAGGAGGCUUCGUCCAUCUGCUUCGAUGUCUCCUUCACCUGGUCCGCUACCUGUUUCCGCAUCGCUUCCAUCGCACCACACCCCUUCGUCUGGAUCAUACUCUCCAAACAAUGAUAGCGAGCAGAUCCAGUCAGUGGAACGGCCAACGGACCGGCCCGCGACAACGAUUGGACGAGCGGGGGGUGCCUAUAUUCCACCCGCACGGCUCAGGGCUAUGCAGGCAGCAAUCACUGACAAAAGCAGCCCUGAAUACCAACGAAUGACAUGGGAAGCUUUGAAGAAGAGCAUAAAUGGUCUGAUCAACAAAGUGAAUACUGGCAAUAUAAAAAAUAUUGUGGUGGAACUUUUCGGCGAGAACCUUAUUCGCGGCCGUGGGUUGCUAUGUCGGAGUAUUAUGAAGGCUCAAGCUGCGUCAUUACCGUUCACCCCUGUGUAUGCAGCCUUGGUCGCUGUCGUCAACACGAAAUUUCCACAAAUUGGUGAACUACUGCUGAUACGGUUGGUGGUUCAAUUUCGUCGUGCAUAUAAAAGAAGCGAUAAGGCAGUUUGCCUUGCGGGAGCCAAAUUUCUUGCCCACAUUGUCAAUCAAAAGGUCGCGCACGAGAUUAUAGCCUUACAGCUACUGACUCUGCUCCUGGAAAGACCCACCGAUGAUUCGGUCGAGGUCGGAGUGGGAUUUAUGCGAGACUGCGGUGCUUAUUUGUCUGAUAUCUCGCCCAAAGCCACCAACGGAGUAUUUGACCGUUUUCGGGCGAUUCUGCAUGAAGGGGCCAUCGAUAAGCGUACACAGUACAUGGUUGAGGUGCUUUUUCAAGUACGAAAGGAUAAAUUCAAAGACAAUCCGGCGGUCCCAGAGGAGUUAGAUUUGGUAGAUGAAGAAGAUCAAAUGACCCAUAUGGUUUCUUUGGACGACGAGGAUAUUAACGUUGAGGAGGGCUGCAACGUUUUCAAGUAUGAUCCUAAUUAUCUUCAAAAUGAGGAAAAAUAUCAGCAGAUGAAGAAGGAGAUACUGGGAGAAGGCUCCGAUGACGAGGAUGAGGAGGAGGAAGCCAGUGAUGAUGAAGAGGAGGAAGAUGAAUCAGGGAUGGUCCGCGCUGCUCAAGAGCGACUGCAAAUACAGGAUGAGACCAAUACGAAUCUGAUUAACCUGAGACGUGCCAUAUACUUGACUAUAAUGUCGAGUUUGAAUUUUGAAGAAUGUGCCCACAAGUGCAUGAAGCUGAAAAUCCAGCCGGGGCAGGAAAUGGAGCUGGUGAACAUGAUUAUCGAGUGCUGUGGACAAGAGAGAACGUAUGUUAAUUUCUACGGUCUUCUGGGAGAGCGCUUCUGCAGAAUCAAUAAAGCUUGGUCGGAUGCCUUCUGUCAGGCCUUUGAAGAAACUUACAAGACCAUCCAUCGAUAUGAAACAAAUCGACUCCGAAACAUCGCGAAGUUCUUUGCUCAUCUUCUUUCUUCCGAUGCUCUCACGUGGGAGGUUUUCGCUUUAAUAAGGCUUACCGAAGCAGACACGACAUCGUCCUCACGUAUUUUCAUCAAAAUUUUGUUCCAAGACUUGUGCGAAGCAUUUGGUCUGAAGAAGCUCUAUGAGCGUCUCAGUGAGCCAACCAUGAUCGUUCAAGUGCAGACAGAAGCCGGAUUCAUAACGCGUGGUGUUUUCGAGGGUUUGUUCCCAAAAGAUAAUCCUCGCAAUACGCGAUUUGCGAUAAAUUAUUUCACAAGUAUCGGUCUUGGUGGUCUAACAGAGGAUCUGCGAGAGUACCUCAAGAACGCGCCGAAAUUGAUCAUGGCUCAGCAGCAGGAAGUCGAGUCGGAUACAGAUUCUUCCGACUCGUCGGAUUCUAGCAGUGACUCCGAGAGUGAUUCAGAAAGUGAUGACAGCGACUCAGAUAGCACGUCUGGGUCUGAGUCUGAGUCUGACCAUUCGAAUUCAGCGCGGCUUUCUGGCAGAAGCACGCGGGCUCCUCACCCGGACCUGGACCGAGCAAGAUCACGGUACUCGAAAUAUGACGACAGAAAGGAUCAUAGCUACAACGGAGAAAAAGAGCGGUCGUCCGUGAGGAGUGAUCGUCGAAAUGACCGUUACAGCAGAGAAGACGAGAGCAGUCCCGGGCGAGACGGUGGUAGGGGUAGGAUGGGUGAUAGGUAUCGCAGAGACAGUUAUCCAAAGCGCCGAAGAAGCAACACGCGCUCCGUCUCACGUAGUCCUCGUCGUGAUCGUGGUGACGGCCGUGAGAAGAGGUACCGUCGCGACUAACCCUUUGCCUGAUGGCGGGUUUGUUCUGUACCUAUACUUUUGUGUACAGAACAUGGAGCAUGCACUUUUUGCAGACGAGGGGAUUUUCAAAUGGCAAUGAGGAAGUCGCGACCAUAUUUUUCGGCAGUUUAGGUAGACCUGUACAUGAUAAUAUGUAUCUAAAGCGAUGCGCAGCGACAUUCCAAUUACUUGUGUCAAGAAUUGGGCACUCGUUACUAUGGCAAAUCUACAGCACCACUCUCACCCUCAUUCCUAAUAUAUGUAUUAUAGUUAGGUAUCCAUGCCCCUGA